UGGUGUGUGAGCCGCAGCCUCAGGGCUCCCGGAAGGUCCCCGCCUCCGUGUCCGGUGUCUGACCUGAGAGGCGAAGCCUCCGCUCUGCUUUAGAGGAAUGGGGAGAAAAACCGCGGGAGAGGAGAGACGCCUGACGGAGCCAGCUCGAGGAGUACCCUUCUCUCUUAGGGGCUGACUUCCCCUUGUGACCGGUCUGCCAAUCGAGGGAAGGAGUGUCAGGACACCCUUCAGAUCUCCAGGCAGUUCUCCACCGACCUGAGACCCUGGAAUCCACUGAGGACACGCCCCUGAAGACACUGUCUGCAGCCUUCCCUCCCCCUCGUAUUCCCCUCCCUCUCUCUCCUACACAUAGGUAGGGACAGCUCUACACCCAUGCUCAGCACUGAAGAAACUACAGAAGAUCUGGACCUCCGCCCUUUUCCCCUUAGACAUUUGGAGAGGGGAGGGGAUGGGAUGGCAGGGGGCACUGAACCAGGUGGGGCCUGAGACUCUGGCCCUCCGGGAGGCUGUGUGGUUCCCCUAUGGAUGGCUGGGCUGGCCAGAUGGCACGACUCACCAGAAGCAGUGGGGAGACAGCUAGCAAAAGGAAUACAUGACCCACUCGCUUCCAUUACUUCACUUUCUCCCCCGGCUCUUGGUUUCCCCUCCCUUGUCACAGAGUAUCCCUCAACUGGGAAAUACCUUAUCCCACCCGCAGGAGCGCCCUGGCUGUGCCCCCGUUCUGGCCUACAGCCCUGUGUCUCCCCCAGCUCCCUCACUGCCCGCUGCACCCCCUCACAAUAGUGCCCCAAGUGACCUGCUAUGCCAAGCAGGACCUCCUCUUCCUUAAGGAGGGGGCCUCUGUGCAGCCUUGGGCGAGGAGUGCUGCCUCUAUGUUAACCACUCAGGGAUUAUUAGGGACUCCCUGAGCAAGCUACGAGAAGGUCUAGAAGCCCUGACUGGAGGAGGGGGAAACUGCCGGCCCCUGAUACGCCGACCCUUUCUCCCUAGUCACGUCCCUCAUAGGACCCCUCAUAAUCUUAACCCUACUCUUGACAUUUGGCCCCUGUAUCUUUAACCGCCUUGUUUGGCUCAUAAAAGACUGACUAGAUGCCAUCCAGGUACUGGCCAUUCGACAACAGUACAGACCCCUAGCCGAGAGCCACGAGCUGCCCCAGUGGGUGGGCCUAACCACUGCCCCCUAAAAGAAAAAGGAGUUGGGAAUGAGGGAGGCCGGAAAAUGGCCAGACUUGAGGGCCUAACAAGCUGACCUGUCAGAACCGUAAAUAUACCAAAUCCUAGCAGGAAGGCCUAAUGAGCUGGUCAGCCUUGAGAAACUUAUCAGAACCGUAAAUAUGCCAAACCUCCAGCUGCAGUAGGUACCAGAUAAAGGCCAGGAGGACCCCAACAAAUAUGUCAAACAACAGGUCAGGGGGACCCCAACAAUAUAGAAUUGUCAAAGCUCCAAGAAUAGUAGGAAGCAGAUAAGGGCCAUACGUGCAGGCAAAAUUCCAAGGAUGGUAAAGUACCUACAGAAAAGUAUAAAAAGCCCAGCCUGUCAGAAGCAACUCGGAACUCUGAUGAUAGAGGUUCCCACUGAUGCGCGUAUCAGUUCAAUAAAUGGCCUUUCUCUGCCAGUUUACAUUGUUUGUGGACUUCCAUGGUGGUGGGUGAAAUCCUGGACCUUAACAAUUCAAGUUUUCUUAAUCCCUAGGUAAGCUAUUUCCACACCAUUCUCUUUAUUUAUUGGUAUAGUAAUUCAGUCAAAAAAGGAACUAUAUAACUCUGGAUAUGAUUUCCCUCUUUGGCUAUCACAGAUUCUACAGUGGCAAACAUCCUAUCUUCCAAAAUUGUCAGAAUCAGAGUCAAAAUGAUAAAUACCUCUGCUUGUGUCCUCCAUCAACUGAAACAUGAAAUUAAAAACAAGGCACAAGAAUACAUUAACUGCUCUAUUUUUUUUUUAAGAGAAAGCAGAAAAGAGCUGGGCAUUGGGUUUCCUACACACCAAAUACAAUCUCUCUGGGGAGUUUAAUCAUAAAUAUGGUGUGCAUUCUUUGAACAGUUCUAUGAGUUCAGAGAAUAUCCCCUUGGGAAUGAGCCAGUAGUCUUACUUCUUUUCUUAUUCCAUUGACCCAAUCUCCAUUCCUGCCAGUUUAUUGUCUGAUAUUUCUCCUUCCUUUUGUGACUAAACUCCAAGAGAAGGCCAGCAUUCCCUUUCCUCCCCUUUUCUUCUUAGUUCUACAGAUUGGCCUCUGGGGUCAUGCUCUCUCCAAAGUGACUAAUGAUCUCUUAAUUCCCAAGGCUAAAUGCCUUUUUUCAAUCCUUCUUCUUGACCUCUUUGUAGCCUCUGACAUUGUUGAUCAGCUUCUCUCUGGGUUUUGGUGACUCAACGCUCUCUUAGUUAAAUUCAAAAUGUACUUUUAAAAAAUAACAAACCCCAUAAGGUAGAAGUUCAUGGGUUCCCAUUUAAGCCUCUUACAUGUCCUUUGUAUCUAGAAAUGUUCAUGGCUUUGAUGAUGUCAAAUUCAUAAGAAAAAAAAUAAAAAUGAAUGGCUAACAAGAGAUGAAGAAACCUGGAGGUUCCUUCUAGCUCCAUGUCUCCAUGACUCUGUAGUUCCAUGACUCUAUGACCCCAUAAUUCUAUGAUUUUAGGAUUCUAAUAGAAAGCAGAGGAAUAACUGAGCACCCCAGAGGAGAAGCAGAAUGUGACAUUUGCAGGGAGACUUGUCGGCUUGGAUUCUUAGUAGACCUCUGCCUCAGAAUGAAUUCCAACAUCAUGGAGUCAAAGCCCAGGCCCAAAGAAAAGAUAAAGAGGCUUCUUAAUCCUUGCCAUAGAGGCAGGCUAAAAAUGGCUACAGCUUAUAAAUCUCAAGCUUUCAUGCUAAGUUUGCUUAAAGGGGAUCCAAAGAUGAUGGGGGUUCUCCAGGUCCUGAUAGGUCUAAUCGUCACUAUACUUGGAGCCUUUUUAUUUUCCAACAAAACUGAACUUCCAAAGUCAAGUUUUUCUCAUUUCUUUAUCACAAGGUACCCAUUCUGGACAGGAGCAUGUAGUCAUCAAAGUCCAGUGGCAAGACAAAAGUCAAGAUGACUGGUGAUGGCCUGAGAUGCAGUGGAUACUUUGGCUUCUUUGAUGUUUAACUAAGCUCUAAGCACUCCACAGAGCCCGCUUCUGCUGCCUUCAGGGCCAUUGGAACAAACUGUUCUCGUCCGCCCAUUCUGCUGGGGGAAGUCUUCACAUGCUUGGGUAGACACUUCCAUAACUCACUGGCUGGCUUGAGGCCUAUUGGUUACCCUCAACCUGGUUUAGCCUGCCUGCCCAGAUGGUUUACCAGGGUGUAGCCACUGCGAAUAUCUACAGCUUCUUGGAGUAUCUACAGCUUCUUGGAGCCACAGAUGAAAGCUGGGGUCAGGUGAACACUAAAAGAGGAUGAGCAGCCCUAAAAAGGGCUCACAUCAAAAGUGCUAGUCUUCUUUGAGCAAUCUUAUGCCAUUAUAGGAGUCUUCACUAUUCUUAAUGGUGUGAACUAUAAAAAUCAGGAUCGUCUGAGUCUUUACAUGGAUGUCCUUGGGGCCCUGAUCUCUGCGUCUGGGAUCAGCGUCCUCUUCUACAGCUUAUCUCUCCAUCAGUUUGUUCACCCUGCAUCAGGUGGCAUGGGUGCCAUGGUUGAACCCCUUCUUCAUGGUGUUCUGUCUGUUUUGUUGAUCCUCACCAUCUUCCAAUUCUCCAUCACAGCAAUGGUCUUAGCUUCGAAGUGUAAAGGAACAGGGGAAAGCCCUGCAGAUGAGGCGUGUUCAACAUCACUGAGAGACCCACGACAGAAUAUCUAUUUCCCUUCUUCUGAAGUCAAGGAGCACAAACCAACCAAGAAUGUGGAAAACCAGUUGCAGAUCCAGAUUGAGAAAAAUCCAUCUGAGAAAAAUGAAGAAAAUACAUCAGCCUCUUUAAUUAGGGGUUAUACUUUCUUUAAAUCAAGAGCUUUAGGAAGUCCCGUAACUCACCCACCUCCUUCCCCUUCCCCUCCUCCUCCUCCUCCUCCACCUCCACCUCCUCCUCCUCCUCCUCCACCUUCCCCUAAAGUACCAGAAGAAAAUAUUCAAUAUUCAAUACCAAAUCCUCUGCUGUGUACUACAGAUGCCCCAAGUGAAACCCUGCAAGUUUCAUAUUUCUCUACCCCAAGUACAUCAAGUGCAGUGGCACAAAGACCAUCUUUAGUAGAACCAUUUUUAUUAGAUAAAUCUGUGCAAGUUUCCUCAUAUUCAGAUCUAAGCACAGGGGGAGAAUUAACAGAAUUUCCUCCUUCCACCAGCACAAGUUCAGCAAGUGAAUCCACAAAAGGUCUCUCAACUUCCAGCUCAGAAGAUCACAUUGCUUCCAGAUUAACUGCACUGACCAAAGCUGUGCAAUUUCCUUCUGUCUCAGAUGUGGCUACAUCAACAGAUGUCUCAGAAAAUCCAUCCAUGGAAGAAGCCAUACCAUUUGCAUUGACCAAAGCUGUGCAAUGCCCUUCUGUUUCAGAUGUGGCUACAUCAACGGAUGUCUCAGAAAAUCUAUCCAUGGAAGAUGCCACACCACUUGCAUUGACCAAAGCUGUGCAAUGUCCUUCUGUCUCAGACAUAGCUACAUCAACAGAUGUCAUAGAAAAUCCACCCAUGGAUGAUGUCGUAACACCUGAAUUGACCAAAGCUGUACGAUGUGUGUGUAUCUCAGACGUGUCUAUAUCAACAGAUAUUAUAGAAGAUCUGAAUCAAUCUGUGAAGUCUUCUCCUAUCUCAGGCCCAAAAGAACCAAUAGAUGUCCCUGCUUUCUCUGAACUAACAUCAAUAAGGGAACCCAUACAAGCUCUAAUGUCUCCUAGUAGACCCACACAAAUCCUUCCUAUCUUAGAUCCCAUGCCCACUAAUGAAUUUGUAACAGGUGAACUUCUGCCUAACUUGGUCCCAAGUCCGUCAAGAGAAUUUAUACAAGAUCUCACCAUCUCCAGAACAAUUUCAGGAAGCAAAUCUGUGCAAGUUCCUUCAUCUGCUGGCAUAAUUUCUUCAUGUAAAUCUAUAAAAUUUUCUUCUUCCUCCAUUGGAUUUUCAAUGACAAAAGCCAAACAAGUUCCUUUAUAUUGUUGUGCUUCAACAUCAAGUGAAUCCAUAGAAGUUCCAUCUUUCUCAGUAAUGCUUUCAUCAAAUCAAGCCACACAAGUUCCUUCUUUCUCUGAUCUAGGCCCACCACAAGAAAACAUACACAGGCCCUUACCCCACAAAUUUAGUGGUCUGCACAAAUCAACCCAAGUUCCUGCUUUUUCUGAUGAAAGUUCAUCUAUUGUAGGCAUGGAAAUAGCUGGAUCUUUCCCUGGUCCACUUUCAUCAAGAGAAUGCAUACAACACUCCUCAGAUAUUGUGGCUGUUUCAGGCAGCAGGCUUCUGUCUCCUCCACAUUCUGAUCCAGCUAUACCAGACAUAAGCACAGAAGAAUUACCAUAUUCCCAAGAACCACAUUCAUCAAAAGAAUUGAUAAAUGCUUCUUUCUCUGAAACUAAUUCACCAAGAGAAGGUACACAAGUUCCCUCUACUUGUGAUGCUUUUGACAUUACCAACAGUGAACAACUUUCUUUGAUUUCUGAUUUAAAUGCAACAGUAGUAGGAAGAGAAAAAAUCAUGUCUUUUUCAGGUUCACUGUUAUCGAGGAAACCAUUAGAAUACUCCUCAAAUUUUGUUGCUAUUUCAGUUACCAAGCAAACAAAACUUCCUUCUUCCUCUGAUCCAAGAUCAUUGAAUGUGAACACAGAAGAAUUUUCAUCUAUCUUGUUUCCGUUUUGUCCAGUAGUAUCCAGGCAGUUUUCUAAUUCCUCUGAAACAAGUUUAGCAAGAGAAAACCCACAAAUUCCUUCUAUCCUUUCCAUGAAUGAAAGCAUUCAAACUCCCUCAAGCCGUGGUAUUAUUUCAGUCAGCAAAGUCACAAAACGUUCUUCUUUCUCUGAUGUAAAUUCAUUGAAUGUGAGCACAGAAGAACAUCCAUCUGUUUUGAAUCUAUUUUGUCCAAUAGUUUCCCAGCAGUUUUCUGAUUUCUCUGAGACAAGUUUAGCAAGAGAAAACAUACAAAUUCCCUCUGUCCUUGGAUCUGUUUCGGAGACUGAAGUCACACAGAUUUCUCAUUCCUCUGGUAAAAGUUCACAAAGAGACACUUUAGAAGCUCCCUCUACUCAUGUUGCUGUCACAGAGAGCAAAUCUGCACAACCACCUUGCCUCUCAGCUGCAGGCUCAUCAACGGUGCAGAUAAAAGAAGUCAUAUCUUUCUCAGCACUACUUUCACAAAAGGAAUCCAUCCAAAAUCCCUCAAACCUUGGUGUUAAUUCAGUCAGCAGGCUUACACAACCUUUCUCUGAUCUAAAUCCACUGAAUGUCAGCACAGAAGAACUUCCAUCUGUCUUGAAUCCAUUCUGUCCAAUAGUGUCUGGGCAGUUUUCUGAUUUCUCUGAGACAAGUAUAGCAAGAGAAAACAUAAAAAUUCCCUCUAUCUUUGGAUCUGUUUCAGAGAAUGAAGUCACACAGUUUUCUCACUCCUCUACUAAAAGUUCACGAAGAGUUACUUUAGAAGCUCCUACUCAUGUUGCUGUCACAGAGAGCAAAUCUGCACAACCACCUUGCCUCUCAGCUGCAAGCUCAUCAACAAUGCAGAUAAAAGAAGUCAUAUCUUUCUCAGCACUACUUUCACAAAAGGAAUCCGUCCAAAAUCCUGCAAACCUUGCUGUUAUUUCGGUCAGCAAGCUUACACAACUUCCUUCUUUUUCUGAUCUAAAUCCAUUAAGCACAGAAGAACUUCCAUCUGUCUUGAAUCCAUUCUGUCCAAUAGUGUCUGGGCAGUUUUCUGAUUUCUCUGAGACAAGUUUAGCAAGAGAAAACAUACAAAAUCCGUCUAUCCUUGGAUCUGUUUCCAUGAAUGAAGCCUCACAGUUUUCUCAGUCCUCUAAUAAAAGUUCACGAAGAGUUACUUUAGAAGCUCCUACUCAUGUUGCUGUCACAGAGAGAAAAUCUAUACAAGUACCUAAUGAAGCCACACAGUCUUCUCACUCCUCUGGUAAAAGUUCACAAAGAGACACUUUAGAAGCUCCCUCUACUCAUGUUGCUGUCACAGAGAGCAAAUCUGCACAACCACCUUGCCUCUCAGCUGCAGGUUCAUCAACAGUGCAGUUAAAAGAAGUCAUAUCUUUCUCAGCACUACUUUCACAAAAGGAAUCCGCCCCAAAUCCCACAAACCUUGCUGUUAUUUCAGUCAGCAAGCUUGCACAACUUCCUUCUUUCUCUGAUCUAAAUCCAUUAAGCACAGAAGAACUCCCAUCUGUCUUGAAUCCAUUCUGUCCAAUAGUGUCUGGGCAGUUUUCUGAUUUCUCUGAGACAAGUAUAGCAAGAGAAAACAUAAAAAUUCCCUCUAUCUUUGGAUCUGUUUCAGAGAAUGAAGUCACACAGUUUUCUCACUCCUCUACUAAAAGUUCACGAAGAGUUACUUUAGAAGCUCCCUCUACUCAUGUUGCUGCCACAGAAAGCAAAUUUGCACAACCACCUUGCCUCUCAGCUGCAGGCUCAUCAACAGUGCAGAUAAAAGAAGUCCUAUCUUUCUCAUCACUACUUUCACAAAAGGAAUCUGUCCAAAAUCCCGCAAACCUUGCUGUUAUUUCAGUCAGCAAGAAUGCACAACUACCUUCUUUCUCUGAUCUAAAUCCAUUAAGCACAGAAGAACUCCCAUCUGUCUUGAAUCCAUUCUGUCCAAUAGUGUCUGGGCAGUUUUCUGAUUUCUCUGAGACAAGUUUAGCAAGAGAAAAUAUACAAAUUCCGUCUAUCCUUGGAUCUGUUUCCGUGAAUGAAGCCGAACAGUUUUCUCACUCCUCUGGUAGAAGUUCACGAAGAGUUACUUUAGAAGCUCCUACUCAUGUUGCUGUCACAGAGAGAAAAUCUGUACAAGUACCUAAUGAAGCCAUACAGUUUUCUCACUCCUCUGGUAGAAGUUCACGAAGAGUUACUUUAGAAGCUCCUACUCAUGUCACUGUCACAGAGAACAAAUCUGUACAAGUAUCUAAUGAAGCUUUGCAGUUUUUUCACUCUCAUAAAGGUACACAAAGAGACACUUUAGAAGCUCCCUCUACUCAUGUCACUGUCACAGAGAACAAAUCUGUACAAGUAUCUAAUGAAGCCACACGGUUUUCUCACUCCUCUCGUAAAAGUUCACGAAGAGACACUUCAGAAGCUCCCUCUACUCAUGUUGCUGUCACAGUGAGAAAAUCUGUGCAAGUACCUAAUGAAGCCACACAGUUUUCUCACUCUGGUACAAGUUCACGAAGAGACACCUUAGAAGCUCCCUCUACUCAUAUUGCUGUCAUAGUAAGAAAAUCUCUACUACCUAAUGAAGCUGCGCAGUUUUCUCACUCUGGUACAACUUCACGAAGAGACACUUCAGAAGUUCCCUCUACUUGUGUCUCUGUCACAGAGGACAAAUCUGUACAAGUAUCUAAUGAAGCCACACAGUUUGAUCCCUCUACUCAUGUCACUGUCACAGAGAACAAAUCUGUACAAGUAUCUAAUGAAGCCACACAGUUUGAUCCCUCUACUCAUGUCACUGUCACAGAGGACAAAUCUGUACAAGUAUCUAAUGAAGCUUUGCAGUUUUUUCACUCUCAUAAAGGUUCACAAAGAGUCACUUUAGAAGAUCCCUCUACUCAUGUCACUGUCACAGAGAACAAAUCUGUGCAAGUACCUAAUGAAACCUCACAAUCUUGUCACUCCUCUCACAAAAGUUCACAAAGAGACACUUUAGAAGCUCCCUCUAUUCAUGUUGCUGUCACAGAGAACAAAUCUGCACAACCACCUAACCUCUCAGCUGCAGGCUUGUCAACAAUGCAGAUAAAAGAAGUCCUAUCUUUCUCAUCACUACUUUCCCAAGAGGAAUCCAUUCAAAAUCCCACAAACCUUGCUGUUAUUUCAGUCAAAAAGCUUACACAACUUCCUUUUUCUGAUCUAAAUCCAUUGAAUGUGAGUACAGAAGAACUUCCACCUGUCUUGAAUCCAUUUUGUCCAAUAGUAUCCAGGCAGUUUUCUGAUUUCUCUGAGACAAAUUUAACAAGAGAAACAAAAACUUCACAAAUUCCCCCCACUCGCCUCACUCUAAUGGUGAAUAAGUCAACACAACUUACUUCUUCCUUUAAUGUGUCUUCAUCAACUAUAUCCAGAGAAGAAAUUCAAUCUUUCCCAGGCCCUCUGAAAUCAAGGGAAAUCACCCAACAUCCCUCAAACACUGAAGUUAUGUUAGUCGAUGAAUUCACACAAUUUCCUUCUCUCUCUAACUUAAAUUCAUUGAACGAGAACACAAAUUUAUUGAGUGAGAAUACAGAACAACUUCCAUGUGUCUCACUUUCAACAAUAUCCAGGCAGUUUUCUGAUUUCUCUGAGAAAAAUUUAGCAAGAGAAAACAUACAAUUUCCCUCUAUCCUUGAACACAUUCCUGUGAGAGAACGCACACCAUUUUCCGACUCCUUUGAUAAACAUUUACCAACAAAAACUUUACAAGUUUCCUCUACCCAUCUUGUGGACAAAUCAACACAACUUACCUCCAUGUCUGAUACAGAUUUAACAAAUGUAUCCCUUGAAGAAGUUUCAUCUUUUCCAGGUCCACAUUUACCUCAAGAAUCUGUACAGCUUCCCUCAAAUUUUGCUGCUGUUUCAGUCAACAAGGCCACCCAAUUCCCUUCCUCCUCUGACAUCAGUUCAUGAAGCACAGGCACCCAUCUUUCCAAGUUCCAGUUUCACCAAAAGAAUCCAGUGCUCCUGCUUUCUCUGGAGGGAAUUCAUCAAAUGAAGAUGUACAAGUUUCCUCUACCUGCUCUGCUUCUCUAGUUCCCAAGUCUGCACAAGUUCCUUCCUUCUCUGAUCCAAGUUCAUUAGCACAAUACAUAGAAGUUAGGUUUUUCUUAGGUCCAACUUAGUCGACAGAAUUCAAACAUCUCUCAAUUUCAUUACUUCAGACAGCAAAUCUGCCCAAUUUCCAUCUUUCUCUGACAAGUUUGUCAAUCCUAUAAAGACAAUAAAGUUACUAAGUCCAAACAAGUUCCUUCCUUCUGACCGAGGUUCAUCAACAGUAUGCAUAAAAGAAGUUAUGCCUUUUCCAGAUUGAUUUCACCAAACAAAUCCAUACAUAUACCCAAAAACUUUGUUGCUCUUUCAGGUAGCAAAUAUCUACAACCCCUUUCUCUGAAUCAAGCAAACAUGAACAGAGAAGAAUUUUUAUUUUUUUUUCAUUUUUUCCAACAGAAUCCAUGCUAUUUUUAAAAUUUUUCUGAUAACAAGUAAACCAAGAGAGGACAUGCAAAUGCCUGCUAUCCUUGGCCCUAUUUCAGCAAGCAAAUUCACCCAGUUUCCUGAUUUGUCUGACAAAAGUUUUAGAAAAGAAACUGGACAAGUUCCCUGUACCCUCUAUGCUCUUGCUAUGAACAAAACUGACUUAAGUUUCUUCUUUCACUGAUCCAAGUUCAUAAGCUAUAUUCCCAGAAGUUAUUUCUUUCCCAAGUUUAUUUUAAUUAAGGUAAUCCAUAUAACAUCAGUCUAUAAAUCCACUCAAUUUCUUACUUUCUCCGACUCAAAUUUAUCAUGCAUAUGCAUACAAGAUAUUCCAUCUUUCCAAGUUCCUGAUUUUUUAAAGAAUCCAUGCAUAUUCUCUGGAACAAAUUCAUCAGAGGAAGUUACACACAUUCCCUCUACUUAUCAUCCUCUUACAGUCACCAAGUCCACACAAGUUCCUUUCUUCUCUCAAGUUCAUCAACUGUCUGCAUAGAAGUUAAGUCCAGGUCCACUGAAAUCAAGUGAAAUCUAUACAGCAUCCUUCAAAUAAUGGCAUUAUUUCAGCAAAAGCACAAAAUCUGUUUUCUUUGACCCAAGUUCAUCAAGCAUAUGCACACAAGAUAUUCCACCUUUCCAAGUUUCAGAUUAUUUGAAUGACUCCAUAAAUAUUCUUGCUUUCUCUAAAAUAAAUUCAAAAAGAGAUGCUGCAUACCUACCAUGCCCUUGCAGUGACCAAGUUCCUUCCUUCUCUCACCCAAUUUUAUCAACAAUAUGCAAAGAAGAAGUUACAUCUUUCCUAGGUUCACUUUCCUUACCUAAAACAAACAAUAUCCCUCAAACUUUGGUCCUGUUUUGGUAAGCAAACACACACAAAUUCCUGCAUUCUCUGAGCCAAGUUCACUGGGUGUAUAAAAGAAUUAUCUUUUUCACUUCCAUUCUCCUCAAGAGGAUCCAUGCAAGUUCCUGAUUUCUCUGACUCAAGAUUUCCACAGGAAAACAUAAAUUCCUCAUAUCUUUGAACCUAUUUCAGUGAACAAAAACAUAAUUUCCUGAUCUAACAAAAGUUCAUCAAGAGAAACUGUAAACAUUCCUUCUGUCCACCAUGCUAUCACAGUGAGAAAAUUGACACAAGUUUCUUCUUUUUAUAAUCUAAGUUCAACUCUGCAUAGAAGACAUGUCUUUACCAAAUUCAUUUUUAUCAAAGGAAUUAAUAUAAUAUCCUUCAAACAUUGUUGGUGUUUCAGUCAGUAAGUUCAUCCAACUUUUUUUCUCAGAUCCAAGUUCAUCAAGCAUAUGCAUAUAAGAUAUUCCAUCUUUCCAAGUUCCAGAUUUGUCUAAUGAUUCCACAAAUGUUCCUGCUUUCUCUGAAAUAGAUUUAAUAAAAGAAGCUGCACGAGUUCUUUCUACCUACUGUGGUCUCAAAAUGAUCAAGUCCAAACAGUUUCCUUCUUCCUUUAACCCACAUUCAUUGACUGUGAACACAGAAGAACAUCCAUCUUUCUUGCUUCCCUUUUGUCUAAUAGAAUCCAGACAGUUGUCUGAUUUGUCUGAUGUAAGUUUGCCAAGGGAAAGCUUGCAAAUUCUCUUGAUCUAUUCGGAACUAAUUCGGUGAAUGAAUGAAUAUAAUUUUCUCAUUCCUCUGACCAAAGUUUACCAAGAGAAACUUUACAAAGUUUUACCCAUCUUGCUGCCACAAUAAGCAAAUUGACAAAACCAACUUCCUUCGUUGAUGCAAGUUCAUCAACUAUAUCCACAGAAAACAUAUCUUUCCCAGGUAUAUUCUCAGAUGAAUCCAUGCAAUGCCCCUUCAACUUUGAUGCUCCACUUAGCAAACCCAUCCAAUUUACUUCUUCCUCUGACCCAAUUUCAAUGAAUGUGUGUAAAGGAGUACUAUGUUAGUUUCAUCAGGAGAAUCCACACAAAAUCCUACUACCUCUGACACUAAUUCAUCAAAAGAAUAUGUGCUUUUUCUUCAUACAACAUUGCUAUGAUGAGCAAAUCCACAUAAGUUCCUUCUAUCUCUGACCAAGUUUAUCAUGACAUGCUUAGAAUUUGUUCUGUCUUUCCCUAUUGAAAGAAUCCUUACUGGUUCCAUCUGCUUUGGACCACAUUUUAAAGGAAAAUUUAUACAAAAUUUCCUCCUUUUUCUGAUCCAAGUCUAUUGAGGAUAUUUAUAGAAGACAUUCUAUCUGUUAUAGUGUCAACUGUCCAAAUGGAAUUUAUACAAAUUCCUGAAAUCUGUGACAUGUUCACCAAGGGAAGUUGUACAAAUUCCCUUUAUCUUCCAUGCUAUUUCUGUGAGCAAAUCCAUAUAAGUUCCUAUUUCCUCUGACCCAAGUCCAUCAGCUAUAUGUUCCAGAAGAGGUUAUGCCUUUCCCAGAUGCACUUUCAUCAAAAGAAUCAACUCAAAGUCCUUAUUUGUCCAAUACAAGUUCACAAAGAGAAGCCAUACAAGUUCCCUCUCCUUUUAGCAUAAUUCUACAAUGUCCCUUCUCUGACCUAAAAUAGAUAUGUUCUUAGAAGAAAUUCCAUCUUUUUCAUUUUCAGUUCCAUGGAAAGAUUCUAUACACGGUCUUGUUAUAGCUGGCACAAGUUUAAGAGGAUUCACACAAGUCUCUACCAACUAUAUAGUAUUUCUGCGAGCAAGGUUAUACAAGAUGGUCACUCUUUGCCUGACUCAAGUUCAUCUGGUAUAUGCAAAAAAGAAUAUGCUUCUUUCUCAAUUUCAGAUUCAUCAAAGGAAUCUAUACAAAUUCUUGAUGGCUCUAUUGCAAAUUUGCUAAGAAAACUGGUAUAAAAUGCCUCUACCUCUGAUACUAUUCCAGCAGGCAGAUCUGUGCAACUUACUAAUUCUACUGGACUGUGUACAUUUGAUUUAGAUGUAUCCAAUUUCCUCCUUUUUCUAGUCUAAGUUCAGUAAGAAAGUCAAGUUUCUUCUUCCUCUGACCACAUUCAUCAAUCAAAUACACAAUCCAAAUUUAAGUCCAGUUAUGUCAAGAGAAUUCAAUUAAAUUUCUGAUUUCAGUGAAGUAAGUUAACCAAGGGAACUCGUAUGAAUUCCUUCUAACUCUGGUAGCUCAUGGGAGAAAUCUAUAAGUCUGUUGUCUUUGAUUAGAUAUAUUCCACAGAUCCAAUAAUUUCCAUAUUCCUUUGGCCUUUCAGUAAGGAAAUAUACAAGUUCCUUCUUGCUUCUCUGGGUCCUCUGACAGAUGUUAACAAGCAAAUGCAAAGAACAUCAAUCUGACAUCCAGUUUCAUUAAAGGAAUCCACACAUCCAAAUGUUCUUGAUUUCUCUGAUACAAAUUCACCAAGAGAAUCUUUAAAAUUCCCCUCAUUCUCUAGACAAGUUUCCACCAGCAAAAACAAUGCAAGCUGCUUCUCUGCAUUCAAGUUCAUCAACUGAGGAUACAGAAUUUCCAUAUUUCUUAGGGCCAGGUUCCAGACAAUUCCUACAAAUUCUUUUUGUCUCCUGCUCAAGAAGACAAAAAAAAAAGAGAAGCCAUACAAAUUAAAUUUCACUAUAUCUCAAUUUCAGACAGCAAAUCCAUUCAAAAUUUUCUCUUUCAAGUACCCAAGUGCAAGAUUCGGGUCAAGUUGAAGAGAAUCCCUGCAAAUUCCUUUCAUUUCCACCUUAAAAUCAACAAGAAAACUUUAAUACUAGUCCCCUAUGAUUUCAGACAAAUUUCUGAAAACAAAUCUGCACAGAUUCCUACAGACUAUGUACAUUAAACAGAUCUGUCCAAUUUCUUCCUCUGAACUAUUUUCAUGAGCAAAUCUG